UGUCACAGGAGCUUUGGAUGUGGGCAAAAUGUCAGGUCUUCUCCUCUCUGAGGUUGCCUUUUGGAAUUGGAGCCAUGCUGCCUGCUUUAAAGAAAGCCGCAGCUGCAGGGGAGGAGGUAAAGUGUGACACCGUCCAAAAUUCCACAUUUCCCAAAACAGCGUCUCCGUGCAAAUCCGACAACCCCAUAAAGUCUUCUCGAACGCACCAAGAACUCCACAAAGAACUUCUCCUCACCUACAAGAAAGGACUUGCUCUUCAUAGUAAACCGGAGCUGUUGAGAGUUUUGGAGAAGAGAAGGUGUCAGGGGAAAGAAGGGCAGGACCCAAAGCUGCCGUCUUCUCCCCUGGAGCAGGAACUGCAGAAGUGGCAGCAGCGGAGAGAAGAGAGGGAGCAGGAGUCAUCCAGAAAGGAUGCGUCUGGAGUCCACGAGUUCCUCCGAGUCAGGGAGAAUCUCCGAAAAUCCACAUCACGGGAUAUGCAGAGCCCCCCACCCCCUGUCAGCUGAGGUCCAAGAAGAUGCCCUCAUCUCUGCGGGCCCGUCAUGCAGGUUUCCAUGUUCCUCAGGGACACAAACUGUGCUGAUCCUGGGUGACUGCACUCUGUAUGCUGAAGAACAUUAAAGACAGAGUAGGAACCAAAAACCCAUGCA